AUGGCCUAUUCCUCCAUUGGACAUAUAUCUAACAGGACCUCCUCAAACACGGCAACUCCCAGUGCGCCAAAACCAAAAAAGGGUGGUACCAAGCGCUGCAAGUCAGGAGAUGAACUUGCUAAAAUCUCCACUCCAGUUGCACCGCCUGUUGAGGCCCCUGAGCCCCCGGCUGCUCAAGACUCUGAUGAUUCUGGUGAGGAACAACCGCUGGCUAAGCGUCAAUUCACCCACCGCGGUGACGGAGACGACAUGAAUAUGUGCGAUCUUCCUGCUACGGUGGAGUAUGAGCCAAAAUCUGGUAACAGAGCUCGCAUCCAAUCAAACUGGAUUGGUGCUCAAACAGAGUUACAGAAGAGGGUCACACCUGCAGCAAUAGGUCCGUCCGCAAAGAUCUUUGCUGGCAGUGACAGGGCUCUUGUUGACGCUCUGGUAGCUCGAGGGAUCAAACCUAGUGCCCUACAACGUCAACACAAUCACACUGAGUGGCCUAACAAGUGGAUCACGCACGUCACUUGCAAAGAAGCCCUGCGCUUACCUGUCUACUCAUCCGAUGUGAAGGCGGUGUUCACUAAUCCCUCUGGCCCACUUUUCUUCUUUUUGUGGGGCCUUAUCCCCUGCAAAAAAGACAACCUUGAAGCUUCCAACUACCGCUUUCUUUGCUUCCUUGCUCACACUCCGGCCAUCGGCCCCCUUCUGUCCUCCACGGAAAUGCCCUUCCUCAAGGGCCUCACUAUUCCUAACGCUCCUGGCGAGACCGCGACCAAAGUCAAAGUAUCUAAUGUGAUGUUUCAAGGACUAGCGGAGGAAAACUGGGGCUAUUGCAGCAGCAACUUCAUUGUUCAUGUACCCAAAAUACCUGUUGGCUCCACUAUGACAGCCUUUUGGAAGAACUCUACUACAAAAGUUGUUGCUGGUGAAUGGGAAAACCUCCUAAUUCUCCUCUCUCUCUCCCCUCCUUGUGCCACCUGUGGGGUGGAGCAGCACUCUGAUGGCGGUAACUGCGAGUUCUUGAUUGCCAUUGACGUUCUUACUGAUUGUCAACGCAAUCUUAAUCGCCCAACCCAGCCAAACGGUGUGAAGAAAGAGUUGAAGUCCAUGAGCAAGCGUGCCAAAUCGGCAUUUGAGCAGACUGGGGAAAUUCCAGAAGACGAGGGGAUCCGGAUCAAUCAAGCCCGGCCAUCUCGUGUCUCCUCCGCCAUUGCAACCUCAACAUCCACAUCGACCAAAAAACCCACCAAGCGGAUCAAAAAGGCCCGCUCGGUCAACCCAGCUUCCCUUCUGACCAAAGGCGAUAAACCCGCGGCGGAUGUCAAUUCAACUACUGUAGCAACCAUUUCUGACGGUCAUGAUGCCGCCCCCUCUGGCGCCAACAACACAUCACAGGCCCCCUCACCUCGUCCAGCCACCACUCUUGGCACCCCUCCCCCGACAAAUCCCAACCCUAUCACGCAAACUAAAUCUCCGGUGGAGGUUUCCAAACCCGUCGACCCCCCAGAUUCCCAGUCGGCACCAGAGGCAUCACACGGUGCAAAUUCUGGCUCUGCCGAUGUAAAUGGUGGCUUCUCAACUGCCAUCUUCCUCACAGCCUAA